CACAACUCCCAGAGUACACCUCAGCCAAGCCUCAUUACACUGUUCAUGGCGUCUGGUCGAAGGCUAAAGACAGGUCGCCGUCUGACAAACAGAUAGGCCGUUGACUUUAACGGUUUUGUGUUGACUGUCUCAGUGUGAUACAAUGGAGGUGGAGAGUGUCAAAGUGGAAGAUGAGAGGCGUUUGACAGUGCUGAGGUUUGAGGCUGCCGUUAAAGUCAUCAAGAGUUUAGCCCCGGAUGGUCCCUUUCAGCCAUCCAACGACAUGAUGCUCAAGUUCUACAGUUACUAUAAACAAGCCACUGUGGGCCCGUGCAAUAUACCCCGACCUGGCUUCUGGGAUGCAGUUGGCAAAGCAAAAUGGGAUGCUUGGAAUUCUCUUGGAGAUAUGUCAAAAGAAGAAGCGAUGGCAGCGUAUGUUGAUGAAAUGAAGCUGAUCCUGGAGGGUAUGCCCAUGACGGACGAGGUGGAGGAGCUUUUACGCGUCCUCGGCCCGUUCUAUGAGCUGAUUGACGAGAAGAAAAAGAUCACACAGAUAUCAGACCUGAGCACAGGAUUUGGCACAAUGUUGAAUUCAAUGCCGUCAAAGAGCGUCACAAAGAGCAUCAUCAGAACCAUGGAAAUGAACGGCACUCUGGAGACCCAUCCUGCCAGGCUCAAAUCAAAGGAAGUGAAGGAAAUGUCAGAGGAAGAAAUACAAGAGGAGGAAGAAGAUGAAGACGAGGAGGAUGAGGAAGAGGAGGAGGAAGAAGAAGAAGAAGAGGAAGUGAUAAGGAAUGUCAUAAAAGAUAAGAAAUCAGCAGCAUCACAGCCAAAGAAGAAAAGUUCAGCCAGGAGACACAAAGUGCCGCUUUCAAACGGUAAAGUGGCCAACGGGGUCAUCCAUCUGACCAAUGGGAGUCAUUCCAGGGCCGCUCUGAACAGUGACAACUCUCAGGAGGGGUCAGUUGGCGAGCCUGUGCUUAACGGUCACCACACAGAUCCCAGUGCAGACGUGACUGGUCCCAGCCACCUGGCCAGUGACUCAGACAGCGAAGUCUACUGUGAUUCUGUGGACCAGUUCGGCCAGGAAGAGAGUUCAGAGCAUAACCGCUCUUUGGACGACCUGGAAGAAGAGGAGAACCAUGUUCUUCCACCUCUAGAGGAGCCACAGGCAACACAGGAGCUCCAGGAAGACGUUCACGGUGCAGCGCAGGGCGUCAGGCAUGGGGGAGAGGAUGGAGAGAACGGUGGAACAGUGUCACAGAGACAGAGACUGAAUGUAAACAUGCCGAACAGCUCUUUGGUCAGAAGAGGAAGAGGCUCCAGGUCUCCAGGCCACGGCUCUGGAUCUCUGAUGCCUACGUACAGUGGUAGAGAUGGGGACGGGGGCCGCUGGGGAGGAUCAACAACACCUGGGGGGAGCCUGAAUGAGCAGAUAGUUGUGGCGUUGACGAGACUUCAAGAGGACAUGCAGAGCGUUCUGGAGAGGCUGCACACUCUGGAGGCUCUGACUGCAAGCCAGGCAAGAUCAGUGUCUCUGUCUCCAACUUAUGCAUCACCUCCAGUGAAUAAGAGGAGUCAGAAACCAUCCUGGUGGCCUUUCGACAUCUCUCCGACCAGUUUGGCCUUUGCUGUUGUAUGGCCAUUUGUGGUUCAGUGGCUUAUUCACCUGUAUAUGCAGAGGAGGAGAAGACGGACCAACUGAAUCUGCUCUCACCCAAACACCCAUGGGCAUAGACGAUAAUGAGGAGUCCUCUAAAUGUCUGGUCAGGUUGCUAAUGGCUGUAACUCCCCCCUGCUUAGACCCACAGCCCAGUAAUUUGCUUUUGCACUAUAAAGAAGGCACCUAGAGUGAUGGGUGGGAGGACGAUUUCUCUCGAGCGUGUUGUAAGGUGGAUGUGAAAUCAGAUAGAAACAUGAAUGUAUGGGCUUAGAGCCUGUGAUGAUACAAGCUUUUUCAAGAUGAUACCACUGUACUGGAAUAUUUUUUUCUGUAAACAAAAGGUUUGUGUUGAGAGGGGGAACCUAAAGUUGUGAUGUUGUCAGCGUGUUUAUAAACCAACUACAGCAGCUUCCCGAUUAUUUCCAUAUCUAAGGCUGUGUUGCACAUCAUAUGGGCCUGAUACUUUAGUUUGAGUAAAUGCUUGAUGUGGUUAUAAAUUGUCACAAUUCACUUUCAUUAGACGCCCAGGCAAUGCUGCUAUAAUAAGAUGUUGUAAUAACUGUAGUUUAGGCGGGAGGAUUGAAUGUAAUUAUAUAUUGAUGUGAGUAAUUCUUUUAAAUUCUGAGAAUAAGUUAAUAUUUAUUGCUUUUAGCAAGUUAUAAUGAAGGCAUUGUUGGCCAGAUUGCAGCUGUGUGAAUGAGGUUUAUGUUUAAAGUGACCACUAAAUGUUGUUUAUGGAAGCGUAAAGCAUUCACUUGAGAGAAAAGAAAGUGGAGAGAUAGAUAAAUAUAUAUUUGCCCUGUUUCUCUGAAUUGACGAUAUUAUUAUUAUUAUUAUAAUUUUGAGAAAAGUUUUACAACAAAAAAAUUACGUUCUUUUCAUUAAUUAACGAGAUAAUGUCGUAGAUUGUCAUUUUUCUGAAACAUCCAGGUAAUUUCAUAAAUUCUCAUUUUUCCUGAAUGAACAAGAUUAUGUCAUAAUUUCUCAUUUUUCCGAAUUAACGAGACAAUGACAUCAACUUGUUUUAUUGAAAUAAGGUAAUGUCGUAAAUUUUCGUUUUUACUGAAUUCACAAGAUUGUGUCAAAGUCUCAUUUCUCAGAAUUAAUGAGAUAAUUACGUCAACUCUUGUUUUUCUGAAUUAAGGAUACCAUGUUGAAAAUUCUUGUUUUUCUAAAUAAACGAGGUCAGGUAAUUUCAAUUUUUUCUGAGUGAACAAGAUACUUCAUCAAAUCGUCCUUUUUCUGAAUUUACAACUUAAUGUCGUAAUUAACAACAUUCCUAAAUUAUUGGGAUAAAGUUGUUAAUUCUCGUUCUUGUUUUUCCAAAUUAACGAGACCAUGUCAAAUUCUUGUUUUCCUAAAUUCAUGACACAUAGUUCAAAUUUCUCUGAAUGAAAGAAAUAUUGCCGCAAAAUUACAACAUAAUGUCGUAAAUUCUUGUUUUUCUAAAUUAACAAGCUCAUGUUGUAAGUUCAGGUUUCUCUGAAUUAAUGAGAUAUAGCCAUAAAUUCUUGUGUCUAUAAAUUAACAAGAUAAAGAGGUAAUUUUUUUUAUUAUUUUUUUUUUUUGGAUCAACAAAAUUAUCUCGUAAAUUUUCAUUUUUCCGAAUUAACAAGAUCAUCUCGUAAAGUCUUUUUUUAAAAUCAGAGAUAAUAAUCUAAUUUAGAAAAACACAGUAGAUUUUUUCCUCAAGUGAAUGAACAUAUAACGCUUCCGUAUAGCUUUGUAUAGGUUAGACAAGGUUAGCGUUAGGUUACCUGUCCUGCUGCAUAUCAGUCUGUGCUUUAUGUCAAAGUGGACUCCACUUUAAAUUGUUUUCCAAAUAGAAGAAGUGCCUCAACAUCAUAAGGUACACUCAUACUGUAGGCGGUGUUAUGAUUUCUUACAUUCACACAUUGUAGCAUAACUGUUCCAGUGCUGGACCAAAUGAACAUGAAUCAUAACUACCCAGUGAGCCAUAAGGUGGUGAGAAUCUCUGACAACCUCAUCGUCCACUCAGCUGAUGAUUAAUGCAUAACACUUGUCGCUGUCUGUGUUGUUUACGCUGUCACGUUUUUCUAUAUUGUAUCAUUUUAAUGUGUGAUGUAAUAUGUUUGUACAAAUAAUUGUGGAAAGAUUUUGUGUGAGUGACAGUAAUCAUUAAUUGUUUGCAAAGCAGUGUGACCUAUGUAAAUUGUAAACAAAUAGCUGUACAGUUCAGAUGAAAAUGCAGUAUUUUAAUUGCAUUCCCAUGUUUUAUUAAUAUAGAAUACUAUAUCAUUUACAAAGGUGUGCAUCUGCAAUAGCACUAAUCUUUCCAGAGCCAUUAUGUUUUAAUAAAAAAAGUAAUAGUUUACCUUUCUACUGAAAUGUACUAAGGCUUUCUCACCCUCUCUGCCUGUGGAUAGAGUGGUGUCUGCAUGUGAUAAUCCAAGCCUCAAAUAAAGUUUUCAUAAAGCAU